CAAGCUAUCAAGCCAAAGAAAUAAUAUUUAGAAAAAUUAAACCAGACACCGAGACUCAAUGUUGUUGUGCCCCGAAUCCGAACUUGGCCCGGAGCCACCGCGGCAAAGGCAUCGCACCAGUGCCGCCAGGAUACGCAAGAGACCGAGAUGCUGUUGCGGGAAGGGUAGUCAGGAGGAGCAGCAGCCGGGAGUUAGCCCUACAACCAGCCCAAGCUAUAGCCAAAGUUAUGGCCAAAGUCUGACGACCCUGGCGCGGGUCACUGCGGCCGCUUUGGCCACGGCGGCCAUGCUGCACACAACGAAUGCCCUGGCCACCAGCUCCUCCUCCUCCUCCACCUCCUCCACUGCACUGCCACCAUUGCAGGGCACUGCCACGCCCGCUUCACACGAACUGAAUGCCACACAGCUGGGGGGCGGGGGCACGGCGGCGGGCUGGAACCUCAGCGAAAGCGGUGCCGGAUUAAAUGGACAUCAGCAUGCCGCUGACGAGGAUUGGCUGGACAACAUCUUCUGGCUGUUCAAGGCCUUCGUCAUGCUGCUCAUCAUCAUUGCGGCCAUUUGCGGCAAUCUGCUUGUUAUUAUUUCUGUGAUGCGUGUUAGAAAAUUAAGAGUUAUAACGAAUUACUUUGUAGUUUCCUUAGCCAUGGCUGAUAUAAUGGUCGCUAUUAUGGCCAUGACAUUUAACUUUAGUGUGCAAGUAACUGGGAGCUGGAAGUUCAGCCCCUUCCUGUGCGAUUUGUGGAACAGCCUCGAUGUCUACUUCUCAACAGCGAGUAUUUUGCAUUUAUGCUGCAUAUCCGUGGAUAGAUACUAUGCGAUUGUUAAGCCGCUCAAGUAUCCGAUUAGCAUGACGAAACGCGUGGUCGGCAUUAUGCUGCUGAACACAUGGAUAUCGCCGGCGCUGCUCUCGUUCUUGCCCAUCUUCAUCGGCUGGUACACCACGCCACAGCACAUGCAGUUCGUCGUGGACCAUCCGGAUCAGUGCUCCUUCGUGGUGAACAAGUACUACGCCGUCAUCUCGAGCUCCAUUUCUUUCUGGAUCCCCUGCACCAUCAUGAUAUUCACCUACCUGGCCAUCUUCCGCGAGGCCAAUCGCCAGGAGAAGCAGCUAAUGAUGCGCCACGGCAACGCGAUGCUGAUGCACCGCCCAUCCAUGCAGCCCUCAGGCGAGGCGCUGAGCGGAUCCGGGUCGUCGAAAACAUUGACGCUGCACGAGGUCGAGCAGGAGCACACCCCCACUAAGGACAAGCACUUAAUCAAAAUGAAGCGGGAGCACAAGGCCGCACGCACGCUGGGCAUCAUCAUGGGCACCUUCAUCCUCUGCUGGCUGCCAUUCUUUCUGUGGUACACCCUCUCCAUGACCUGCGAGGUGUGCCAAGUGCCGGACAUAGUCGUCUCGAUCCUGUUCUGGAUCGGGUACUUCAACUCGACGCUCAACCCGCUGAUCUACGCGUACUUCAACCGGGACUUCCGGGAGGCUUUCCGCAACACGCUGCUCUGCCUGUUCUGCAACUGGUGGAAGGACCGCCACCUGCCGCUGGACAUGGACAUCCGGCGCUCCAGCCUGCGCUACGACCAGCGGGCGAAGAGCGUCUACUCGGAGAGCUACCUCAACUCGACGACGCCCUCGCACCGCCGCCAGUCGCAGAUGGUGGACAACUUAUAAUACAGGGACGAGGCGCUGCUGACCCCCAUCGCCCAGCAGCAGCAGCGGCUGGCGGCGGGCGGAUCCCGCCUGGGCGGACAAUUGGCAGCUGCCGCCAACGCCAGGGAUGCGAGUCAAGGUCAAAGCAAGGCCAAGUCCAACGCUGACUGCUUGGCGGGCGAGGGCGACGAUGUGCAGGAGAUCCAGAUCGAGAUACCCAUGGAGUACAUCAACAAAUGGAACAAGAACAACAAUGCUGCCGCCUCGACGGCCUCGAGUCAUGUGUAAUGUGGAAGGGAUGCGAAUGCGAUUGCGAAUGCAAAUCAAUCGAUGGCAGCCGGGGGAGGAAUCAAUUUAAUGCAAUUAAAAUGUUCCAUUAAUUUGUAAAAUUAAUAUGCCGGC